GUCGGCUGAUAAAUGGUACAAUAAUACUCGCGUGCCAGACACAGCACACUCAGUCAUACUUCUCUAGCCUUACAAGCAGCACGUUUGAGAACUGUGCUUAUUAAAUAAUUUUGUAUAUUUACGUCGCCAGUGAACGAUCAAGUAUUACCUAAAACAUGAUACUCCCUCUGAUCUGGUUGGCGGUGCUAGUCGCUGUGCUAGCACUGUACUUCCGUCGAGUGUAUUCCAGCUUUAACCGGGAAGGCAUCAAACACUUCAAGCCGGUCCCUUUGCUCGGCAACUUGGGCUCAUUGCUGUUACGAAAAGAGCAUUUCUGCGACCAUAUCAUCAACCUCUACAAAAGCUUCCCUGAAGAACGAUUCGUUGGGAGAUACGAGUUUCUGAAGCAAGUAAUUGUUGUCCGCGACCUCGAGCUCAUCAAGAAAAUGACUGUCAAAGAUUUCGAGCACUUCCUCGACCAUCAAUCCAUGUUUGACACCGGCGACUCCUACUUCUCCAGGAACCUCUUCGCUUUGCGAGGUCAAGAAUGGAAGGACAUGCGCUCCACAUUGAGUCCAGCGUUUACUAGCUCCAAAAUGCGUCUAAUGUUGCCUUUCAUGGUUGAGGUUGGAAAUCAGAUGAUGCAAAUGCUUCACCAAAAAAUUAGAGAAUCCAAAAAUGGUACCAUAACUAUAGAUUGCAAAGAUCUGACAACUCGUUACGCUAACGAUGUAAUUGCAACCUGUGCCUUUGGACUAAAGGUGGACUCCCAAACUGACAAGACCAAUAGCUUUUACAUGCUGGGCAAGGAAUCUUCCGACUUUGGUAUCCGCAAACUGUUAACUUUCUUGAUUGCUUCCAGUUCACCAGCUUUAGCCAAGUUAUUGAAGUUGGAUUUCCUAUCGGAAGAAAGCAAGAAAGGAUUCAAAAAAAUUGUACUUGAUACGAUGCAGAACCGAGAGAUGAAGGAUAUUAUCAGACCCGACAUGAUUCAUUUGUUAAUGGAAGCUAAAAAGGGUAGAUUAACACACGAAGAAGAUAAAACAAAUGAUGUGGCUGCUGGAUUUGCUACCGUUCAGGAAUCAGCUGUAGGGAAAAAAAUGACUGAUAGAGUAUGGACUGAUGAUGAUCUCGUCGCUCAAGCAGUGCUGUUCUUUAUUGCCGGAUUUGAAACAGUUUCAACUGGGAUGGUGUUCUUACUCUACGAGCUGGCUGUAAACUCUGAUAUUCAGGAACGGUUAGCGCAAGAGAUCAGGGAGACUGACGCCAAGAAUGGCGGCAAGUUCGACUUUAACUCCAUACAGAACAUGGUCUACAUGGAUAUGGUCGUGUCAGAGGCUCUCCGUCUGUGGCCACCUGCAGUUACUCUAGACAGAAUAUGCACUAAGGACUACAACAUGGGUAAACCUAACCCAAAAUCUGAGAAAGAUUUCAUUCUCCGUAAAGGCACCGGAGUCUGGAUACCUGCAUAUGCCUUCCACCGCGACCCUCAAUACUUCCCCAACCCUGACAAGUUCGACCCCGAGCGCUUCUCAGAAGAAAACAAGCACACCAUCAACCCUUUCGCUUACAUGCCCUUCGGUGUUGGACCUAGGAAUUGCAUUGGGUCAAGAUUUGCUCUUUGCGAGAUAAAGGUUAUGGUUUACCAGAUUCUCAAAGAAAUGGUGCUUUCCCCAUCUGAGACGACCUGCAUACCAGCGAAAUUCAGCAAAGAAAGCUUCAGUAUGAGGUUGGAUGGAGGGCACUGGCUUAAGUUCUCGCCGAGGUAUUAGAAGAAAAUGAUACUGAGCAUGAUGCUUUAGACAUUCAGGAUAGAUUUUUAAUUUUACAGCGCAUUUUGGUCAGUGGAAU